AUGGCGUCGCACUCCGUGGCCCAUACCCAAAGCAGCAGUCUCCUCGAUAGAGCUGCACCUCAUCUUCCUCGAAUUCUCCAACCUUCGCUGUGGGAAACUGUUUUCCCUUCUACUCUACGGUCGAAGACGAGGAGUCUGUUCUCGGAGCAGCAGCGGAAGCCUAGGAAUCCAGCGACUUACUUCAUCUGGAUCUACCUUCUGAUCGGUUCACAAGCAAUAAGAAUUAUCCAAGUCAAGAAUGAGCACAACACUUUCGCUCGCAAAGCUGAGAUCCAAAUCGAGAAAUUGCGUGAAGUAGUGCGCCGUCUGCAAGCAGGUGAGGACGUCGAUGUGGAGAAGGUACUAGGCACAGGUGUCCCUGAAGAGGAGGAAGCAUGGGAAGAGGCUCUCAAGGAAAUUGAAAACGAAGAACGAUUAUGGUCAGAAAGCAAAAAGAAGAAACGGCAACAGAGAGAACAGAGAAAGAAAGAAGCCGAAGAAGCACAACAACGGGAGCAGGACGCCAGUCCAGUGAACCAAAUAGCAGAGCCAGUUAAGACGACUGAAACUGCUUCCUCUUCAAGUCCUCCGUUCAGAAAUCCUACUUUCUAUUGA